UUAGUGUAUACAGUUUGUUAAGGGUUGCUAUAGGAUCCUAAGAUGCAAGGAGAUGAAUGUAAACUUUUAAGCCCAAACUUUAAAGCGUCGAAAAUGAGCUCAAAACAAGUGCACCGAAUCCAAUAAACCCUUGCUAUUGUUAAAAAAAACGAAAAGAAAAAAAAUUCCAAUAAACCCUUUUAGGGGUUUUCCAUUUCGAAGCUUCACUCUCCUUGUCUCUCCCUGCAAAAAAAUGACGAAGUUCAGGAAGCUAGGCCGACCCACGGGUCAUCGAAUGUCCAUGCUAAGAACGAUGGUGUCGCAGUUGGUAAAGCACGAGCGCAUUGAAACCACUGUUGCCAAGGCAAAAGAGAUUCGACGUCUGGCUGAUAAUAUGGUCCAGCUUGGAAAAGAGGGCUCCCUUUGUGCUGCAAGGCGUGCGGCUGCUUUUGUGCGAGGGGAUGAGGUUAUACAUAAGCUGUUUACAGAACUGGCUUAUCGAUACAAAGAUAGGGCAGGUGGAUACACAAGACUGCUUCGUACACGUAUACGAGUUGGUGAUGCUGCACCAAUGGCAUAUAUUGAGUUCAUUGACAGGGAAAAUGAACUCAGACAAUCUAAACCACCAACCCCUCAACCACCUCAGAGAGCUCCAUUGGAUCCUUGGACAAGAUCCAAGCUUUCUAAGCAGUUUGCACCUCCAAAAGAAGAUAAAAGCUCAGAGAUCUGAUUUGCAGUUUGAGAUUUCAUUUUUAUAGUUUUCUAAUGUAGAAAUCUUCAAGUUCUUGUAAUUGAAAGGUUCUUUUUUCAUUAUUAAAGAUAUGAUCGUGGGCAAUAUCGUUUUGAACUGAAUGCCUCUUUUUUUUUUUUUGGGGGGUAAGUUUUUGAACUGAAUGCUUUCGCAUUCAAUGUAGUGCUGCAACUUUUCUGCUAUUUUUGGAUAAUCUUGAAACAGCAUAAUUGGAUUUUGAUUUUUUCA